AUGCCGAAUUUGACAUUGAGAUGCUAUAAGUCGUUGCCGCGAUAUUCUUCCACCAGUGUCCUCCACGGGGGACCGCGCCCGGACGGAUGCACACUAAUACCUUGGAAAGCUGGUAGAUGUUUGGCGUGGGAUGUUACGGUCCCUGGCACCCUUGCCGAACGAUAUCUAAACCUGACAAGUAAAGAAUGCGGUUUGGCCGCGGCCAGGGCAGCGGACGAGAAAAUUAAAAAAUAUGGGAACGCCCUCCCCUCGAUGGAAUUCUUGCCAAUAUGUAUCGAGGUUCUCGGCGCGAUGGACCCCAACACCCUUAAAUUUUUUAAGGCAAUAUAUAAAAUGAUCAGCGUCAGAUCAGGCGACAGCAGGGAACUGUUUUUUGCAACUAACCACAUUUCGUACUUGUUGCAGCGGUUCCUGCGUGUCUGUGUGCUUGAAAAUAUCCAGCUCAAUGCCGACAUGUGCAAUUAA